GUCCGCCAACGAGGAGCGACGCGCUAGUCUCUCAGUGAAAAUAAUAAACAGAUACUCUUUAGUGGAUAAACAGCAAGACAGUGUAUUUUGUGACGUUUGUACUAUAAAUAUUGUGAUUAUCUAUGGUUCACAAGACAUGAUUCUUCAAACAACAAGCUACAGGUGAAGUUUCAACAAUGGCACUAAAUAGUCCAAGUGGCUACCCACCACUCUCACCCAAACCACUCACGCCCAAAAGUCCACGCCAUUUUAUAUUCCCGCAAAAAAGCCCAUCAAUCACUUCCAGCACCUCGUCUUCAGGGUAUUACACGCCUCAGUCAAGCUGUAGCUAUGACAAGCAUGCACCACCAAAAAGUCCAUUGGCACAUGGCCACAGAAGUCCAAUGAGCCCAAGGCAUUUUAAUUUCAAUCAGCAAAAAUCCCCUUCUGAACGCUCAAGCCCAUGUCAUUUCGACCGAGCUCCACUUGGCCUGCACUAUACAACUUCUCUUAAGCAUCAUCGGCGGGAGAACUCACGAUCUCCCAAGCCGCCUCCGGUUCACAUCCAUACUAACCCCGGCUAUGUAUCCCCGAACCGUAUGAGAAAAUUGUAUGGAUCAACCUCCACAGUGAGUUCAGCGCGACUUGUGACGUCACCCAGCAUAAUGUCGAGCCAUACUGAUGAUUCAACCGACGUGAUACCGGAAACUCCUUCAGCAGUUGUCCAUGACGCGGAUGAUGAAGCAACUACAACAUCUUCGAGAGUAUGUCGCAAAUCAACGUCAGACCUAACAGAUUUGACUGAAGACACACAGACUAGGUCUACCAGUCUAAGUAGACCAUGCUCGCCGAUGAGGCGUGGGUCCAUCAAGGGUGGAUUGGCGUAUUUGGCAAGCAGGCGAGGAUCGAGGGAGUCAACGAUGUCAAACUGUGAUUCUGUGGAGGAUAUUGGACCGUUAAAUUUUCAGAACACAGUUCGGGGUCGACAAAGGCGCACUUCGAAUUUCCUUGAAUUGCCGGUGGUGGAACACUCAAGACCCCGUGUAUGCUCAUUGCCAGAAAAACCUUACAACCCGAGGCUGUCCGACGACCUGUAUAGGCUGAGGACCUUCUCCAUCACCACCAAGGGAGGUGUGGUGAACUGUGGUGACUCCAUCUGCAAUCGUAGGAGUCGGUCGAAUACUUCUGUCAACUCAACCAAUAGCAGAGCAUCAGAUCGAUCACCAUUCGAUGGCUCCUGUUGCUCUGGGUAUCGGCCUGUGGACUCUGGCAGUCUUUCCACGCCUGACGAAGAUGACCUAGAUCCGAUUGCGAAAUAUCGGGUGGUAUUGUUAGGAGACGCGGGGGUUGGCAAGACGGCGCUCGUCUCCCAGUUCAUGACGUCAGAAUACAUGAAUACCUAUGACGCAAGCCUGGAUGACGAGUUCGGUGAGAAGUCAGUAUCUGUUCUGCUGGAUGGUGAAGAGUCUGAAAUGAUAUUCAUUGAUCAUCCAAGCACCGAAAUGUCGGUGGAAAAUUGUCUCUCAACGUACGAACCGCAUGCUUGCGUGAUAGUAUACUCCGUGGUUGCCAAGACCUCAUUCAUCCGAGCGGCCGAGCUUCUGGCCUACUUGGCAAGAGAACAGUUCAUUGCUGACAGAAGCGUUGUGCUGGUUGGUAAUAAAGCUGACUUAGCCAGGGCUAGGCAGGUUACGACCAAUGAAGGAAAAGCGCUCGCAACAACAAGGGACUGCAAGUUCAUAGAGACAUCGUCUGGAAUCCAGCACAACGUAGAUGAACUCUUGGUGGGCAUCCUCAAACAGAUUCGCUUAAAAGAGAACAGAGAGAAGAAGCAGGCAAAGAAAGUUGGGAAACAGGAGGCAAAACCCUCGAAGAUGUCCAGCUCUCGUACUCACAUCUCCCUCAGCAUCGCCCGGGAACUGCUGCAGAAGAUCUGCAUCAACGAUAUCUCAAAGUCAAAGUCCUGCGAGAAUCUUCAUGUUCUGUAACUUUGUAUACCGAUGUGAUACCAAUUAAAAAGACCUAGCUUUAAAACGGUGUAACAGAAUUUGUUAAACUAAAUCUGUCAUUAAUUGCCUAUUGGUACCCAAUAAUUAUUGUGUUUGAGCACCAAAA